GCGCGGAGCGGUGCAUUUCGGGACGUGUAGUUUCCGCACCGUCUGUGGGAGUCCUGGUUUGCAAGCUCACGGGGCGCAGCGGCCCCCGCAACUUGGAGCUAUGGGACCGAGGCCCCAGGAGGGAAGUCGCCCGAGUGUGUAGUGUCUGCAUCCCGAGCUCGUCUUCUGACUCUUGGGACCAGCGCGCCUGAGCCCUGCUCCUCCUCGGGUGCCGGCCGGCGUCUGCGUCGACCAGGAGUGACGUCACAGUGGGUCCAGCAUGAACUGGGAGGUUCUCGAUCACGUGCCCCUGCUGCUGUAUAUCUUGGCAGCGAAAACGUUAAUUCUCUGCCUGGCAUUUGCCGGAGCCAAAAUAUACCAAAGGAAGAGGUUGGAAGCCAGAGAGCGACAGCUGGAGGCGGAGAAGAAGUCGGAGAAGAAAGAGCGCUAACGGGAGCCACAGCGUCCGGACCCGGUCCUCGGAGCCGCCGGCGUGGCCACAGCAGCUCUCUCCUGGGUGGGAGCCGCCUCCUAAAGAGAUGGUCCAUCGGCUGGACCUCGGGAGCCGGACCCGGUGGGGGAAGAGGGAGUGUGUCCAAACGAAAGACUCCGCACCGCCCGGCGCCCGCCGCGUGGAGAGUGGACUCGCCGAGGAGAAGAAACUCCCGAGCGAGCGCCGAGGGGUGUGCGGAGGGGGACUCCCAGCUGCAGCUGAACUUCAGUGACGGCAACUGGCAGAGGCUUUAAGGACCCGCGUUUUCCCCAGUAAAGUAAACACCUGGACAA